AUAACUUAAAAUAGUUUUUGAAAAAUCCUCCGAAUGACAGCUGCUUGAGCGCAGCGUCACUUCUGACUACGACGUCGAAGUGUUUUAUUUGUCUGAUCUGAUCCUCGGCAGAGCGCAAACAGAGGAGUUACUAAAGUCCCCGACAUGCCUGAGCGAUGGUGACUUUACGCACGGGAUUUGAAGGCUGUUUGAACUGACUCCUCUUGUUUGGUCUCAGCGCUGAAACUCUUUAUCAUCGCCCUGAACUAUCUGCAAGUUUGAAAGAAGCUCGCAGCGAAGCGAAGUGCCUGAUAAGUGACUACAGGUGACGUUCAUGAAUUUUAAAGUCAUCCACAAGUGAGAAGAGGGUGUUGGAGUUGAAGUCUCUUAUUUGCAAUGAUGUCUUCCAUGCGAGCAACGCCUCCCUUUCAACCACCAUCUGAGGAAGAGGAAGCAAUAGGUCACGACAACGCGGCCUGGGCCAACGAAGAGCGAGAGGGUCCAAAGGAGACGAAGGCGUCCCCCUCUUCUCAUGACCAACCCCACCCCGACGAGCUGCAGCCAAUCAGAGAGAAGCAGUCGGAUGCUGAGUGGGAGAAUGUCGGGCCUGCUGCGAUGGACAAUGAAAGCAGUAAGGGCUGCUCCGUCUACUCCUACCGUACUAACUCUACCUCUCCACCCAAGCCAGAGGAGUGUUCCAGGGAUCGCGGGGAGCCGAUGAUCGGCCUCGCUUUCGGGACACCGGAACGCCGCAAAGGAAGCCUGGCGGAUGUGGUGGACACACUGAAACAGAAGAAGCUCGUGGAGCUGACCAAGACAGAACAAGACGAACCGUCCUGCAUGGAGAGGCUCCUCUCCAAAGACUGGAAGGAACGUGUUGACCGCCUGAACGCCAACGAACUGCUGGGGGAGGUCAAAGGUACGCCGGAGUCGCUGGAAGAAAAAGAGCGCCAACUUUCCACCAUGAUCGGUCAGCUGAUCAGCCUGAGGGAGCAGCUCCUCUCUGCCCACGAUGAGCAGAAGAAAAUGGCCGCCUCACAGCUGGAGAAGCAGAGACAACAGAUGGAGCUGGCCAGACAGCAGCAAGAGCAGAUUGCCAGACAACAGCAGCAGCUCCUGCAGCAGCAGCACAAGAUAAACAUUCUCCAACAACAGAUCCAGGUCCAGGGUCACAUGCCUCCCCUGAUGAUCCCAGUGUUUCCUCACGACCAGCGAUCUCUGGCUGCUGCCGCAGCCGCACAGCAAGGCUUCCUCUUCCCACCGGGCAUGUCCUAUAAGCCAGGUGAGAAUUACCCCAUGCAGUUCAUUCCAUCUACAAUGGCAGCUGCAGCGGCGUCUGGACUCAGCCCGUUACAACUACAGCAGCUGUAUGCCGCCCAGCUGGCAAGCAUGCAGAUCUCACCAGGAUCCAAGAUGGCUCCUCUCCCGCAGGCUCCCAACUCCUCCGGUCCCCUUUCCCCCUCUGCCCUGAAGAGCGAGAAGAGAGCAUCCAGUCCUGUCACUCAGAUUAAGGAGGAAGGAUCCACACAGCCAUUAAACCUCUCAGCCAGACCCAAGACAGCUGAGCCUCUCCGCUCCCCGACGUCCCCGACACAGAGUCUGUUCUCCGGAAACAAGACCAGCCCUACUGGCAUGGGCAAGGGCCGCAUCCCCAGCCCGAUCCCUACCAUGGGCAGGAACACUUCUCUGGACAUCCUCUCCAGCCUGAACUCCACAGCGCUGUUCGGGGACCAGGACGCGGUGAUGAAGGCCAUCCAAGAGGCCAGGAGCAUGAGGGAGCAGAUCCAGAGGGAGCAGCUCCACCAACAGCAGCAGCAGCAGCCGGGACACCAUAGUCUGGAGGCCAAACUGUCCGCUCUAAGCAGCAUGAGCCUCAACAACGGCAACAAGGAACGGCUGCACUACGAGACGCUGAGCCAGCACCUUGGGAAGCUCGGAGAGGAUGCUGGGAAGAUGGUCCAUCGAGUAAUUGACCUGACGAGACCAGAAGAUCUGGAUGGCAACAAUAUCACCGAGGCACGAGUGUUCAGGGAGGCGCGGGGCAGAAACAACAACGAGCCCCACAUCAAGAGGCCCAUGAACGCCUUCAUGGUGUGGGCCAAAGACGAGAGGAGGAAGAUCCUGCAGACCUUCCCUGACAUGCACAAUUCCAACAUAAGCAAGAUCCUAGGCUCUCGUUGGAAAGCCAUGACCAACCAGGAGAAACAGCCGUAUUAUGAGGAGCAGGCUCGCUUAAGCAAGAUCCAUUUGGAGAAGUAUCCCAACUACAAGUACAAGCCGCGGCCCAAGAGAACCUGCAUCAUCGACGGCAAGAAGCUGCGCAUCGGGGAGUACAAGCAGAUGAUGCGGUCACGACGUCAGGAGAUGAGGCAGUUCUUCGUGGGGCCUCAGCCGCCAAUUCCUCUUGGCAACAGCGCAGGUGGUGUAGGAGUCUACCCGGGUGCCAUAACCAUGGCAACAACAGCCACACCGUCCCCACACCUGACCUCAGACUGCUCCAGCAACUCAGCCAGCCCUGAGCCAGCCAUCCCCGUCAUUCAGAGCACGUACGGGAUGAAGUCUGAGCCUGGCGGCUGCGGAGGCAGCAAUGGCGGUGGGGUCAGUGCCUUGGAACUGCCCAGCGACCCCACUAAUGGAGACGACGACAUGGACAUGUACGAGGAUUUUGAGGACGAGCCCAAGUCAGACUAUAGCAGCGACCAUGAGACACGGGAGGCCGUCAGUGCCAACUGAGUGUGCUCAGGGUGUCAGUUGUAAAAAAUGAAAAAUAAAAAAACCUCCCGUUAUACUCAGAGACACUUUUUAAGAACACAGUUUAUUACAGAGACCUUCAGGCAUACUUUCUGGACAUGUUGCGUCAUGCAUUGAGCAUGCCCAGACAGGAUUCAAACUCAGUGGACAUGCUCAGAGAGAGGUUUUGAACUGUAUGUUGACGGACGUCCAUUUGAAGAAGAGGGCUGAUGGGAAAUUGUGACCCAAGAAUGCAACCUGAACAGACAUUUACAGAGGACAUCCGGCCGACAAUGAACUUCAGUUUCCGACACUUCGACAAUCUUAACAGGAGCGAAUAAGAGAUAGACGAGAGAGAGAGAGAAUGAGAGAAUGGGACGAAGAACAAAUGAGCGACGAACACAUUGAUGUGUGGUUUGUAAAGAGCAUGCAUGGAUUUUGAAGCAUCAGGAAUUGGUCUUCAACAGCUAUUUGGUCUUAAAUGUUUAAGGAGUGAUCUAGUUUUUAUCAUUAUGUAUUUACUUUUUGUGUUUUUUGUCUUUUUUUGUUUUUGUUCUAUAGACUUUUUCUGACAGGUCACUGCCUGUACAAACUCUGGACUGUCAGAACUUGAAAUUUGAGAAGUUUUAAUAUAAAUCCUAGCUCUUGUAAUCUUAUAGUCUUACUUUCGUUUCUCACGAAUACAGUGCAUCUACAUCUUUUUUUUCUGACAAACUGCUUACAUUACAUUACUGUUAGAUUUUUUUUUUUAAAUAUCCCAGCUCAGGUAUGAUGUGCCAGCUUGUGAAUGUGUUUUUUUUUUUUGUUUUGUUUGUUUUCAUACAAAAAGAGUGGUAGGACUUUUCAGACUGUCAAUGAAAUAAAGGGAGGUAUAUCCCUUAUAUCACAUUAUUAUUAUUAUUAUUAUUAUUAUUAUUAUUAUUAUUAUUACUAUCAUUAUUACAGAUUUACUUCAAAUGUGCCAAACCUACAUUCACAUUCACUUGGGAUGUUGUAGUCUUAACUUCCAAUGCUGCAAAAAAGUCUUAUACAAUCAGCUUUUUCUGUCUGAUGAGAUGAGUUCCUACUCGCUAACUGCAGGCUUCCCACCUGGCCCAAUCACAGGCAGAGCUCAGAGAGGAUGUGUUUUCAUUACACUAGCUCACUCACUCACUCACUCACUCACUCACUCACUCACACACACACACACACACACACAAACACACACACACUUUGUUUCACUCUCUGGCAGCCCCUCCGGCGUUGAGACGUAGUUACAAGAGCAGCAACGAAGGUGUCUGCUCUUCAAUUCCACUGCACUGGUGCUUUCAUGAACCACAUUGCCCAUAGUUCCUUAAGGCCAAACACUCUGAAGUCUGCACAUAUUGUGCCGUAAGUGCGGUGCAGUAUGAUGUACCAAACUGCAACAUUUAGCAUUUAAGUUUAAAAUAGACAUUUUUCUGGCUUAAUAUCUCCUCAGACACUUUAAGAAUUCAUAAGUCUUAAAAGUGUAUCUUAUGCUCUGUUCAUUUAACGUCAUAGGAAAGGGGAUGGAGAAACCCCGGGAUGACCCUACUGUAGGAUAAGAGUUUCUAAUAUUCUGGAUCCCUUCACUGUAUUUUGCAUUGUGUUUUGAAUUGGUACAAAAAAUGUACAAAUGUUACUAUUUUUAUUAGCUUGUUGAUAUUUUUAAAUGUCUUCUCAGCAUCACUUGGGAAAGAGACACCAAACUUGUGUUUCAAAAAGAAUUUAUAUAGUUGCAAAAAAAACAUGGGUUUAAUAGGUCUGUUAUUUCAAAAAGGGUACCUUUUUCUACGUUGCAUGUAUAUUUUGAAGACGAGUAAAUUAUUAACAGAAGAAUGGAGGGAGAAAAAAAAAAAAAAGGCGUAUAAUUCUUAAUCAGUUUCUUAGUCAACCACCCCAGUCAGAGCACAGUUUUUCCACAGUCUGAAGCGAGAUGUUCCUCUUUUGGUGCAGGCCGGUGGUCAGCAUCACGCUGGGUGUACACGCUUUUUCCUCUGUUUCACUCAAAUGUCACAUUCUUUUUCUGAAGACACAUUAUAUUUUUUUCUUUGUCUCUUUUCACCACACUCUCUGUUUUCCAUUUUCAACACCUGUGACCUCAGGUGAUAUCUGGGUGCUCUGUUUCGCUGUUUCACAUGUCUUUUUACUCCAUAGUUCUUUUCAUGAACAUAUCGGGCAGUUUGUACUUGGAAAAGCUUCACAAGCUGGGACUGAACAUUGGUUUUUGCUUGCAUCACAGUAAAAAAAAGAGCCACUGCUCGCCUCAUGCAUAGAUAUUUCUGUUAGUGUCAUACACAUCCUAAGCACUGGAUAUAAAUUCUAUGUUUUGUUUUUUUUUUUUUAGUAUUGACUAAUGUGAAGUUGUUGUUUGAUUUUCAACAUGAUAAAUUAGAACAGUCAAAAGUCACAUGUUUGGACUCUGGAGGAAGCCUCGCACUUGCCAGGCACGAGUAAAUUGCCAUUUCUUUAGAAGCAUUUCAUUUAUUUAAGCAAAUUUUGUUGCCGCAGCUCUAGUGCCGCCUAAAGGGGUCACAUCACCUCUGAUCUCUUUAAAAAGGUAACCUCAUGAUCUUGUCAGUUGUGACCUGCAGAAGCAAAACACAAGUUUCCUGGUCACACACAUUUUGUGAUGAGUAUUGUAUUUGAAAUUCAAUUGUGCGUUUUAACAUUUCAUUGUAUUUAUUAGCCAGCUUUGGCUCUAAAAAGUGUCAGUACAACUUGGUGAGAAAGACAAUCAAAAAAAUAAUAAAUAAAUAAAAAGUAAA